AUGAUGGCGAAGCAGGACGAGGUGGCCACGAUGGCGACGCGGGAAAGGGCGGCCACGCGGCGAAAGUCACGCAGACCGCGUGGAAGAAUCCUGGACAAAUUUGAGGAGCUCAUAAAGUUGGAGAAUAUAUACGAAAUGAAGGAAAUAGAAAUGUGCUACGAGCAUCUUAACAAAGAGGAGCUCAUCGAAAAGGGAAUUCUACUAAACGAUCUUACCAUCAAAACAGCCACGAAAUAUAAUGACAAUCAGAAUGCAUACAUUGUGAAGUUGGUUAAAAGAAAAAAAAACACAAAGUCAAAUGACUUAAGUGAUGAGGAAAAUGUAGAAAAUUUUAAUCACAAUAUGUUUAGUAAGGGAAGCAUUGUACAUUUCUCGAAGAAGAGGAAAAGAUACUGCCUGAACAAGGAGCACACCGUUGUACAUAAAAAUGCAGUGAUCAAAGAUGCUGUUAAUAUAUAUGUAUGUACUGUUCAUAAAGUAAAGAAAAAUCAAAUUAGCGUUAUUGUUAGACAUGCAGAAGAGUUAUGUAAGGAGCUAAACAUAAGUAGCACUUACUUGCUGGCCGAUAAGAGCUACUUCGAUGUGUGUCUUGUUAAUAGCGAAAUUUCUAUGCAGCGUCAAUUGCAGGCCAUUAAUUUGAUGAAGGCCAGCUUGGAGACUCCGUCUGAUGUAUUGAAGAUCCUCUUUUUUGGAAAGGCCCCUUCCCAGGAUGCGUUUCUGCGGCAGAUUUUGGGCAUCUUCCGGAGGCGAGCCCAGGGGGGGAAGGAGCUACAAGAUGGGGAGUUGACACCAUCUGGCGAGACAGUAAAAAUGGAAAAAGGCUCCCAUGCGGAUGACCAUGCGAAUGGGGAACCUCCUGUUAGCUACCCCUCAGCGGAGGAUCUAGCCAACGAAGCGAACUACAUCCACCAAUGCGAUAAAGCAGAAUGGGGAAACAAAAACCUCAACGACAGUCAGAAGAAAGCGGUGUACUUUUGCCUUUACUCAAAGGAUAUUUUCUGCGUCCACGGGCCACCAGGGACAGGAAAAACAACGGUGUUGUGCGAACUAAUAUACCAAUUAGUCAAAAGGAACAAAAAAAUUCUCGUAACUGGGCCAAGUAAUGUCUCAGUGGAUAAUAUUUUGGCCAAAUGUGUAAACAUGAAUAUAAAAAAUGUAGUUCGAAUUGGACUAAAGUCAAAAAUAAAAAAAGACUUGUGGAGUUAUAGCUACGAUGAAAAAAUAAAAAGUUGCGAUUCGUAUAAGUUGUGUGAAGACAUUGAUCAAGACAUAGAAAAAAUGAAGACAGAAAUUAACAAAUUGAAAAAUAAAAAAAAACACGAAAAAACCCCAUUCGAUAGAAAAGGAAUUGCAAAUUUGAAAUACGAAAUUAGGAUGUUAAAUAAAAGUCGAAAGAAAAAAAAAAAUAUUUUUUUUGCUGAAAUAAUGAAUAAAAACCAUGUCAUUUUUUCUACCUGUUCAAGUAGCUCAAAUUAUGAAUUAAAUAAAUAUGUGAAAAAUACAAAUUUUUUGUUUGAUGCUGUUUGUAUUGAUGAGUGUUGUCAGUGCACGGAGCCCUUGUGCUACAUGCCUCUAUUAUUGUCAAGCAAAAAUGUGUUCCUGUUCGGGGACCACAAACAGCUAGCCCCCUUGGUGAAACAUAAUAAUAAGGGUAACAAAUUAAACGUUACACUUUUCGAGAGACUUAUUAAAAAAUAUAAAAGGAAAAUUUCCUUCUUUCUUAAAAUACAGUACCGAAUGAAUGACCUCAUUUUGAAAUGGUCCAACAAAGUCUUUUAUGAGGAUCGCCUCGUUUCGCAUGACUCCUGCAAGGCUAUUACUGUCGACGAGCUGCUUAUGCCCAAGACAGGGGAGAGGCAUACUGGGCAAGCGGUGAAGCAAACCAGUGAGCGAAAAAAAGAUGGAAAGGACAAGCAAAAAAAAAUGGGAAAGAAGAAAGAUGGAAGGAAGACGAAGGAGGAGAGAGAGAAAGGGCGGGAAGGAGACGAAGAACAUGAAAACGCUCAGGUAAACGCAAAUUUGAAGGACAUGAUUCAGAGUUACAUUUAUUGCCCAAUCACUUGGAUUGAAACAGACGGGUUCGAUGAAUUUCUCGAUGACACCAAGGAGCUGGACAUGAUACAUCUCGAGAUGAAAGAGAAGAAUGGAGAUAAGGUCGGAGGGAAGAUGCCUAGCAAAACGGCGGCAGGGGGCCUUGGCGAUAGCAACGGGGGAGGAAUAAAACGGCUUGAUAAUGAAGAUCCCCCAGAGGAGGGGUUAAACGACCUUGGUAUAUAUGAGGAGGACCAUUUGGAAGAAGCGGAUCAAAGUGAGGAAAGCGGCGCAGGGGAUGAGGAUGUUAUUGUGGGAAGUGAGUCAUGCUCGGCACGGAGUUCCCAUGUGGAGGAGGAGGCAAUCGCUGCGGAGAAGGCAUUACAGGAAGCCGUCCAAAUCGACAUUGAUGAUAUUGUAAACCUGAACAACAAGUCUAGAAGCAACAGAGGAGAGGCGUACGUCGUUUACAAGCUCAUCGAACGGAUGAUGCAUGCAGACCACAUUAGUGCUAAGCACAUUUGCGUGAUCACUCCAUACUCGAAGCAAAUGAAUUUGCUCAAAAAUAUUCUUUACGAUAAUUUAUACGAUGAAAAAAAAUUCACAUCAGAAUAUAAAGAUAUUGAAAUAGCCACUGUGGAUUCCUUCCAAGGCAGGGAAAAAGAGAUCGUCAUUUUAUCUCUUGUGUGUUCUAAUUAUUUUAAGAACAUUGGAUUCUUGAAGGACUACCGACGGUUAAAUGUUGCUAUUACGCGGGCCAAGAGGCACGUUGUGAUCGUGGGCAAUUCGAGCACCAUAUCAAAUGAUAAGCUGUUGAACGAGCUGUACGAGACAGUCCUGAAUCAUGGCAAGGUGUACAUGGUGAACGAGUUGCUGGACGUGGAGCAGAUGCCCGUGGGGGGGUAG